AUCAUAUCAGAAUUUUAAUAAAUUUGAUAAAAUUAUAAAAUUAAAAAUGAAAAAAUUUGGUGAAGUGUUUUUGACACAUAAAGACAAUUUUAUAUUAAUAUGUACAAAUUGUGAAAGAAUAUCCGAAGACUAUAAUGAAUAUAUAAAUCAUGUUUUAGAAAAUCAUAUACAGGCACUCUCAUAUGAUAAAGUUGAAAAUAAAAUUAACAACAUUGAAACUAAUGAACUCAAAUAUUUAAAUUCUGUUCCAAAUUUGCAAACAGAAUCUAUACAUUUCAAAAAUGAUGAAAAUAACAACCAAUCUUAUACAUCGUUUAAUUAUUUUUCACAAAGUGGAGGUUUAAAUAAAACAAUAAAUGAAAAUUAUGAUAACCCAAAGAACAAAGAUGCCAUACGAUGUAAAAGAUGCGAUCAACUAUAUUAUAUUUUAGAAAAUUUCAAAAGACAUACAGCGCACAGAAAAUGUGGAUAUUGUCCAGUUUGUUCUUUGCCAAAAGCAGAUGUAUACGCACAUGUGAAGCGCUUCCACACAGAAUAUUAUGAAAAUAAAAGGAAGUUAGGUGAACCUGUUAGGGGAAUAAUUAAAAUUUUUGAAUCAAAUGAUGAAAUUGGAACAUUAUUUCCUGUCAAAACUAAAAAUUCAGGCAUCCUCUACCAAAACGAUGAUAAAAAUGAAAAUGUUGAAACCACUAAAUUAGAGUGUGAAAAAGCGAAUUCUAAUGUACAAGCAGAAUCUGUAGAGUUUACAAAUAAAAAAAAUAAUAUUGAACAGUCUUUAUUUGAAAAAUUAGGCACGAAAAUUGGAACAAGUUUAAAAAGAAAUUACGAAAACUAUUUUUCAGAAAGUGACGAUUCAAGUCAUCUAACGAAUGAUAAAACAGAAAACGAAAAUUAUGAUAAUAAUCUAAUUAACAAUGAACCUAUACAUUGUUCAAGAUGCGAUCAACCUUAUUAUAUUUUAGAAAUCUUUGAAAGACAUAAAGAGCGUAAAAAGUGUGGAUAUUGUCCAGUUUGCUCUUUGCCCAAGGCGGAUGUAUACGCUCAUAUAAAACGCUUUCAUAAAGCCUAUUACGAAAAUAAAAAAAUGUUAGGAGAACCUACUUGGGAAAGAAAUAAAAUUCAGAAAUUAAAAAGUGGAGAAACUGAAACGUCGCUUUCUACGAAAAAUUCAAACCUCAGGAAUCUCGAUCAAAUAAAUGAUGAAAAUAAAAUCCAUCUAGCAUGCAUAUACUGCGGUGAACUUUUUUCGCCAAUAAACUUAGAAGCACAUAAACAAGAAUACAGGUGUGGAAAAUGUACUUUAUGUUUUUCCAUCGUUGGAGAUUUGAAUACACAUAUGACAAAAUAUCACAAGGAAUAUGCAGAAGAAAAGAAGUUAUUAAAGGAAAAGCUUUUUAAAAGGGUUCCACUUUCCGAAACAGACUUAAUAAUGAAGAGAAUAGAGCAGGAAUCUCAAACAAAAAAUGCAAAUCGAUUAAAAAAUAUUUCAAAUGGUUUUGUUAGAAAAUGCAUAUAUUGUAGCAGAAUAUUUAAGACGGCAACUACUUAUAAUAAGCACAUAAAACAGCAUGAAGAAAAUAAUAUUUGUAAAUUUUGCGAAAAACGUUUUUUGCGAUUUGACCAAUUAAAGAAACAUUUGCUUAUACAUACUGGAGAAAAACCGUAUAAAUGCAAAAUAUGUCCUGUAUCAUUUUCUGUAAGUAGUAACUUGAAAGAGCACAUUUUAACUAGACAUACAGAAGGUUUAAAUUUGAAGUGCUCCUAUGAGAAUUGUGAUAAAGUAUUUAAAACAAAAGCAAGAAGAAGAUACCAUGAAGUUUACGCGCAUACUAGCAAAUACAGAAGAAUGUGCAAGGACUGUGGGUUAAUAUUUCGAACGUCAGGUGCAUUAAAUGAGCAUGUAAAAAAAAAGCAUAUGAAAUAUGAAGAUAGACCAUUUUCUUGUAAAUAUUGUGAGAAAAAAUUUGCUUUUAAUUUCGAACUAAAUGAACAUGAAAUGAUUCAUAUAGGACAAAACCAAUAUUUUUGUGGGAUAUGUAAUAAAGGAUAUAUAACCAAAAAAUCUUUUAAAGAGCAUCUUCGUUUCCAUAAACGAAAAGGAGCCAUGUAUGUCGAAGUAGAAAAGAGUCAGUAAAUGUAAUUUUCUAUUAAAGAAAUACAUAUUAUGUGUAAUAAGAAUUUCUUCAUAUAGUAAUUUUAACUUUCAUAUAUGUAUUUACGUAGAUGCAUACAUACAUAUGCUAAAAAAUUUACAACUUUUUGCAUAUUGUUUUUCAUGUUUUUUCUGUACUCUUAUAUUUUUAAUGAUUCCUGAAUUAAUACAAAGAAAAUUGAGAUAUUUACAACUAUGGAUUCAUCACACAUAUUCUAUUAUUUUUUCUUCUCUCUUGGUUAAAGUCCAGGUUUCUACAAAAUACAAUAAAAUUGUUCAUACAUAGCAUUUUAAAGUUCUUACUUUCAGCAUUUUCCUGAAAGUGCAUCUUGCUUGCUCUAUUGCAUUGAUUUCAUUUCGGUUUUCGAUUUCAUUU